CUGCCGAGAAUCACACACCAUGCCAAGCUUUUGGGCUCUUCGGUGAGCUCGGGCCAAUCAGAAAGCCCCCGGAUACUUCCGUGCGGUCUUUCCGGCUUCAUUCAAUGGUCCGUUUUUGCUCUCCCGUAGCGCAAACACUCAGGAACAGCUCACCAUUUCGCACACGACCCCUAGUCCCAGCUCCCAACCCCAGGUCAAUUGGGAUCCUAAGCACCGUCAAAAUGGCCAGCGCGAUCUACAACGCUCUCUUCCGGAGGAACUUCACCAUGCUCGGCGUCGUCUUCGCCGGUGCCUUCGCCUUUCAGCUUGGCUACGACGGCCUGAUGAACAAGAUCUGGGACAACCACAACCGUGGGCGGCAAUGGAAGGACAUCCGGCACAAGUACAUCGAGGGUGGGGAUGACGAGUAAGCCGAUCCGGGAGCCGAGCCGGGAACCGAACCCUGAAAACCAUGAGAAUCUUGCACCGUCGGCUAGGAGUUGUUAAGAGGACUUUGGCCGUGUACAUUUGGUUUGUGGGAGGGCUGUAGAAAAAUAGAAACUUUCCUUGCAAGACAAGAGGUUCUAGCUUGGUGCGAUACGAGCGAUUGGUGGGCCGACGCUUUGGGCCUCGGGAGGUCCUCCGAGGUCGUGGUAUCUCCUCGAGUGAAGGAAGAACAUUUGAAAGUACUUCCCGCUUUGCCUGCACAGUCGUCUUCAGAUAUGA